AAAAUAGCGCAACUUGCCCAUUGAGACAUCAGCCCCAAACCGGCAGCAUGGUGAUUGUGCAAUCGAACGUGAUCAACUCGAGCGGUGCCGGUGGACAGCUUGGCAUCGACUGGGACAUUAACGAUCCCAGCGUGCCGAUCGUGACCGAGUCGGACUACGAUGGAUUUAACGAGUGGAGCGAUGGCCACUGUCGGUAUAUCUAUCGGGCAACGAGCGAGGAGGCAAAGCGCCAUUCGUCAGGCUGGGCGAUGCGCAACACCAACAACCACAAUGUGAAUAUCCUGAAGAAGAGUUGCCUCGGUGUGUUGGUAUGUUCGGCUGGGUGCAUCCUGCCGAACGGGGAUAAGAUACAUCUACGGCCGGCCAUAUGUGACAAGGCACGGCGCAAGCAGCAAGGCAAGGCCUGUCCAAACAGAUUGUGCAUUGGAGGUAUACUGGAGAUACUGCCUUGCCGGGGACACUGUGGUUACCCGGUGACUCACUUUUGGCGUCACACACCGCACGCAAUAUUUUUCCAAGCCAAAGGAGUGCACGAUCAUCCACGGCCGGAAGCGAAAUCAUCUGGUGAAACGCGUCGAGUGUUGGGAUUGGGACGUCGUGAGCGUGUACUACGGACGGUGCAGUCUAAAAUGAACAAGAUAAAUGGCAUCAAACAGUCGAGGAAAACGUCUAAGCAGCUUUACACCAUCGCAAAGGCAACUAGCUACAGCUCUCUCUCGUCAAAUGAGGUCGUCAAAUCGCCAGAUUCCUCCUUCGAGGAGAGUAGCUACCAAAUAGAUUAUGUUAACGGAACUGCCGCACCGAACGGUUGCCACUACGGAAACAGUCACCAUUCCCAAGUGCACCAGCUUCAGCAACAGCAACCACCUCUCCAAUGUGCACAGAACCCACCACAGGAUUAUUCACAAAAUUGUUUCUAUGACACAAACUUUAUCCACCCCGAGGAGAUCUUCCAGCUCGACCAACCGCUACGUCCAGUAACUGGCACCGUGAGCAACAAGUACCAACAGCCGCAGCAACAGCUAGUUGGAUCUCCUCCAGGCAACAUGUUUGAUCUGGACCUGGGAACAGAUGGCAAAUCUACGUACAGCAGUAAACCCGAUCAGUUCUCCCCCUACCGAGGCACCGAAUUUUCCUCCACCGGCAUUGGUCGAUACUUUGAUUGUGUCAAGUACGAAAGCAGUACCGAUACGGACACGGCGAGUCUUACCAGCAGUGGAUGCUCCAGUGUUCUAGACGAUAUUGCGUACUACGCCAGUCCGCAGGUCGAUUACCAGAACAACAACAACCACGCCACCAACAACAACUCCCUUGCGCAACUCGACAUGAACAAGAUCGGACUGCGUGCGUGCGAUGGCAUCAAUUCGUUCUUUAUUAGCCAAUCAAGUUGCGUGUCACCGACGACGACUAAUGAUCGCAAGUCGUCUGACCCGGGCCACCACGUACACACGCAACACACUCAGCUGGAUGGUACUGCGUACGGCUCCGGGACACUAAGUUACGAGAAUUAUAGUGCGUCUUCCUCGCCGAGUGCGUCCCAGCUGUACGGUAGCUACGAGACGGCGAUAAUCGGGCAGGCGGGUUUGGGACAAUCGUUGACUCAUCAAACGUCCACCUCAUCGCCUCACUCGACUGAUGGACGGAUGGUACCGACGACACAGUUGGUAGCUUCGAGCAUGACUUCUUGUGACCAGCAGCAACAGUCAACGACGGCCGAUGGUGGAUGCUGGUGGAACAAUAGCUUCUUCCAGACUACAUUGGGGACAUCAUCUACGAGCUCGGAGGGAUGGAAUCAGACGUAUCAGGAGAGUUCGAGUGCCGUCGGCAAUCAGCAUCAGCUGGACCAACAAUUCUACGGACUGGAGCAGUGUGAAUACCUCAGCUAG